GACGUCUAUAGGGUAUCAUCAACCAAUGAUAAUGUGCUAUUGUCCUGUGAGUUCUCGUAGUACGCAGGAGGUUCGGUGAUAAACGACGAGACGAACCUGAGUCGUCUUUGACGACAGUGGCGACGACGACGGCGGUUGUGGCGGCGCGCGUCAUCGGUAUCGAGCGAGUUCCCAAGCGCCGACGUCGGUUCUCUUCCUCGUUCUACGCUUCCCCUCUUUCUCCCCGACACCCUCGUUAUUCUAAAGCUGCUAACGAACAUACCGCCCAGUAAAGCGCGAGAGCCGGUGGAGAGUGUGUCGUAGGAGCGUAGAAGUAACUUCAACAGGCGAGAUAGGUGUGUUGGUACAUCGGAAGGAAAUCAAGAAAAUCGGAGGAAGAGAUAGAUACUCCCUGGGAGAUCUUCUGACAGAGAUAUAAAGACGGUGGCUGGAGGAAAAAUCGAGCCUUACAGCACGAGACACCGUGAAGAGAACGAGAGAGAGGAUAGCAGUGGCCGGAAUUGAAAGGGUAGAGGUCGGACUUAGGGUGGAAGAGGAGGAAGAAGCGCGAGAGGACAGCAGAAUAAAGGACACGCGGAGGACGACAGUGGUUACACUGAAAAGUCGGCGUAGUGUCAUGAGAGGCGGUCUCACGGUCCGCCCUUCUUAUCGGUCCCUCUCAGAGUCAUGCAUGUCGCGCCCCUCAAACGAGCUACCGUGGGACAUGAUCCGCAGACGAGCAACGGUGGUCAGCCACAACAGCAGCAACAGCAGCAACAGCUAUACACCGGAGGCGGCGGUACCGGCGAUCUCGGCGGUGGACUGGCUUGCCGAUCGUCGACGGCAGGCAGAUCGAUCGGCGGCGGCUGGGAGAGCGGGAAAUUGGCGACGUUACGUCAUCCUCAGCAGCAACAACAACAACAACAAGGCCAGUCUGGAGGUGUGGGGGAUGACGAAGACGGGGGUGGAGGGAGCGGAGGGGUGGAGGGGACGGACGCAGAGGAGAACAACGCUGUUCACCUCAAGAGACGGGUGGGACUCGUCAGUGGGGUGGCUCUAAUCGUCGGCACGAUGAUCGGCUCCGGGAUCUUCGUCUCGCCGUCGGGUCUGCUGCUGCGCACCGGCAGCGUCGGCGUUAGUUUCCUGGUGUGGACCGCGUGCGGUCUGCUGAGCCUGUGCGGCGCCCUCGCUUACGCCGAGCUCGGCACGAUGAACACGAGCAGCGGCGCCGAGUACGCGUACUUCAUGGACGCGUUCGGCGCGCCGCCCGCUUUCCUCUUCUCCUGGGUGUCGACCCUGGUGCUGAAGCCGUCGCAGAUGGCCAUCAUCUGCCUGUCGUUCGCACAAUACGCCGUCGAGGCGUUCGCCGCCGAUUGCGAUCCGCCCGACGAGGUGGUAAAGCUCGUCGCUCUGCUGGCGAUCGUCCUGAUACUCCUCGUCAACUGCUACAGCGUGAACCUCGCGACCGGCGUGCAGAACGCCUUCACCGCUGCGAAACUGAUGGCGAUACUCGUCGUGAUAGCCGGCGGUUCGUACAAGUUGAUACAGGGUAACACGCAGCAUCUGCAGACGGCGUUCGACACCAUCGACGGCAGCACGAUCAACAUCGGCCGCCUCGCGACCGCCUUCUACACCGGGCUUUGGGCGUACGACGGCUGGAACAAUCUCAACUAUGUGACGGAGGAGAUCAAGAACCCGUCGAAAAACCUGCCCAGGUCCAUUAUGAUCGGCAUACCCCUCGUCACCCUCUGCUACGCGCUCAUCAAUGUCUCCUACUUGGCGGUCAUGUCGCCCACCGAGAUGAUCGAGAGCGAGGCCGUGGCGGUGACGUUCGGCAAUCGAAUACUGGGCGUCAUGGCGUGGCUGAUGCCACUCUCGGUGGCGAUUAGCACGUUCGGAUCCGCCAACGGCACCCUGUUCGCCGCGGGUAGGCUGUGCUUCGCCGCGUCGCGAGAAGGACACUUGCUCGACUGCUUGAGCUACGUGCAUGUGCGACGCUUCACUCCCGCGCCAGGCCUCAUCUUCCAUUCCCUCGUAGCAGUGACGCGCGAUUAUGCAGGCGCGAUGGUUCUUUCCGGCAACAUCGAUUCGCUGAUCGACUUCUUCUCGUUCACCGCUUGGAUAUUCUACGGCGGCGCGAUGCUCGCCCUGCUGGUGAUGCGGAAGACCAGGCCGAAUCAUCCGCGGCCGUACAAAUGCCCGUUGUUGAUACCGGUGCUGGUGCUCGGCAUUUCCGCGUAUCUGAUAGUGGCGCCGAUCAUCGACAAACCGCAGAUCGAGUACCUGUAUGCGGCCGGCUUUAUUAGCGCGGGCAUGCUUGUCUACCUCCCGUUUGUGAAAUUUGGAUAUGUGCCCAAAUUCAUGGAAGGUGUCAACGCCUUUCUCCAAAUGUUACUAGAAGUGGCUCCGACGGCGGUUGCCUUCGACUGAUUUCACUUUGAGAUCUACGACAG